AUGUCUGAUUCAAAUUACAUGACAUCUCGAGCAAUCCUUUCCACGACAAACGACAAUGUCGACAAGAUAAACAUCCGCAUGAUAGAGCGUUUUCAGGGAGAUGAAGUAAUAUACCAUAGCUUUGACAGUGCGGAGGACGACCCAUAUGGCUACUACGCUCAGGAGUUUCUGAAUGGAUUGACUCCUAACGGUCUUCCUCCACAUGCACUCAAGCUAAAGCUGAACUGCCCUGUCAUACAUCUAAGGAACAUUGAUCCAGCAAAUGGAUUGUGUAACGGCACUAGGCUUGUUGUUAGAGGUUUUGAGAGGAACACCAUUGAUGCAGAAAUCGUGAUUGGACAACACGCUGGCAGGAGGGUCUUCCUUCCUCAAAUACCUCUCUGCCCAUCUGAAAACGACAUGUUUCCGUUCAAGUUUAAGAGGAAGCAAUUUCCUAUAAGGCUUAGCUUUGCUAUGACCAUUAACAAGGCUCAUGCACUCAAGCUAAAGCUGAACUGCCCUGUCAUACUUCUAAGGAACAUUGAUCCAGCAAAUGGAUUGUGUAACGGCACUAGGCUUGUUGUUAGAGGUUUUGAGAGGAACACCAUUGAUGCAGAAAUCGUGAUUGGACAACACGCUGGCAGGAGGGUCUUCCUUCCUCGAAUACCUCUCUGCCCAUCUGAAAACGACAUGUUUCCGUUCAAGUUUAAGAGGAAGCAAUUUCCUAUAAGGCUUAGCUUUGCUAUGACCAUUAACAAGGCUCAAGGGCAGACAAUCCCGAUUGUUGGUGUCUACCUACCCAAUCCCGUGUUCUCUCAUGGUCAACUCUAUGUUGCUUUGUCUCGAGCCACCGCAAAGAGAAACAUAAAGAUACUCAUUCAGAAGGAGAAGCCGAAGGAGAAGUCCAACAAGCAAAAGGACAAUCCAAAGAAGCGAAAAAGACCGACCGUGUCAUUACUAACAUCGAUGAAGAACAUCGUCUACAAGGAUGUCCUUACAGGCUGA